AUGUCCAAUCAAUUCUUCCCGCCCGCCUCGGGAUCACCCUACCACCCUAAUCCAUCCCCCAGAUCAGCUAAUCUCGGUAGAUCGAACACUUCUCCCGAUCUGGUCGAUAUUGACGAGGAAGGAAACCAUCCUUCCUCCUCUGUCAAUAUCAACGCCCACAACGGGAACGGUACUGGUAGACAAUGGAGCAACCAAGUUCCUCCUUCUUCACCUGCCGGUUUCCAUCCUCAUUCAGCACCGGCUACACCCAGAAGACCUAAUUUCGUUCCUCCCCAAUUUAACGCUAAUGGUGAACGACCUUCCCCAGCUAUUAAUAUGGGAGGUCCUAAAAGGCUUACUCGAAGAGCUGGUCAAGGAACGGGUUCAAGUUCUUCUUUACCUCCCUCAGUUGAAGAAGAGGAAGAUGCUGGUGGUAGUUCUAGAAAGAAGAUAAGAUAUAAUAGUCAUAAUGCCAUGAACGAGGAAAAGGUCAAGGAAGAGGUCGAAGAUACGUUUGAUCCUAUGGAAGCUAUCCACGUUUUCGACUCUAAAGCUGAACUCGAGAAUGAAUGGGAUAAAAUCCAAGGGGAAUUAGUCAAAUUCCUUGACAAUUAUGCCAAAGAUACACUCGCUCACGCGUAUGAAAAUAUCAUUCAAGUAAAUUACAUUUUCACCAAACUCAACAAGGAUGCCCAAGAGAAUCUGUUGGCUGGGGUCGAAGCCAUCAAAACUGAAGAAGCUGGACAUGAAAAAGCAAGAAAGAUCAUCACCGAUUUCUCCGCCGAGAUGAAACGAGCUGCAGAGGUACUUAGCAGAUUCGGUAAUCAAGGUAAUGCCAUUAAGGCGAUUCUGGCUAAGCCUGAAGGGGACGUGGUUUAA